CGUUGCACACACGCUACGAAAAAGAAACCGACCUAAAGAACGCAGUUGCAAGUUCUUUUAUAAAUAAACCGAAAAACGGAAAAAUCCUCAAACGCGCACGGUGGUACGUACGCAAACCAAAGUGCAUCGUGUAUUCGAGGAUUCGAGCAUCAUCGCAAUUCCAUUCCAGCGCUACAGACGUAGAGACGUCCUUGUCGGUACAGCUUCUCGAUUAAGAACAUGGACUUCCAAUUCGACCGACCGGAUUUACCUUCGAGAUGCACCUGGAAAAAGGGAAUGGACCAGAAAGAGAGUCCACACACGAUUAUCCCAUUAACUCCUCCGAAAAAAAUCCGUCCAAAUGUUUUGCACGUUAUUGGAAACACGCCAAUGGUUAAACUGAACCGUAUUCCACAAGCGGAAGGAAUUAAAUGCGAAAUGUUGGCCAAAUGCGAGUUUUUCAAUCCCGGCGGCUCCGUAAAAGACCGGAUUGGUUUUCGAAUGGUAGAAGAUGCCGAAAAGUCGGGCGCACUUAGACCGGGUUUCACAAUCAUCGAACCCACAUCUGGAAAUACCGGCAUCGGAUUGGCUAUGGCGAGCGCGGUUAAAGGUUAUCGGUGCAUUAUUGUGAUGCCUCAAAAAAUGUCCAACGAAAAAGUGAGCGUUUUAAGAUCUUUGGGAGCUGAGAUUAUUCGUACACCCACCGCUGCCUCUUUUGAUUCACCCGAAGGACUUAUAGCGGUGGCUCAAAAGUUGCAAAGGGAAAUACCAAAUUCGAUUAUCCUGAACCAAUAUUGUAAUGCGAGCAAUCCAUUGGCGCAUUACGAUUUAACUGGCGCGGAAAUAUUCGACCAAUGUGAUGGGAAGAUCGAUAUGGCUAUUGUAGGAGCUGGCACAGGUGGCACUGUAACGGGUGUUGGCCGUAAAUUAAGGGAAUUGUGCCCGAACUGCAUUAUCGUAUCAGUUGAUCCUGAAGGUUCCAUAUUGGCCGAACCGGAAUCGCUUAACCAAUCCGACACUACAUUUUAUGAAUUGGAAGGAAUUGGAUACGACUUUUUACCAACCGUUUUGGAUCGUUCAGUUGUUGAUAAAUGGUAUAAAGUUGCAGAUGUUGAUUGCUUCAACAUGGCGAGAAGGUUAAUAAAAGAGGAAGGAUUGCUGUGCGGUGGAAGUAGUGGAGCUGCAAUGACCGUCGCAUUGAAAGCCGCCGCGUCAUUACGCGCCGAUCAAAGAUGCGUGGUUCUGUUACCGGAUGGAAUACGAAAUUAUAUGACUAAAUUUGUGUCGGAUCAUUGGCUGGAAGCAAGAAACUUUAAACCAGUUAUCAAUGAACAUGGUCACUGGUGGUGGGAUGAAACUGUGGCAAAAUUAAAGAUUGAACGUAAUUUUACCAUCUCAUCCAAACUUACAUGCAGCGAAACUAUUUCCCUGAUGAAGCAAAAGAAUUAUACUGAAGUUCCAAUUAUAGAUGCCAACAACACAUUUUUGGGAAUGGCCAGUAUACCAUACAUCAUGAACAUGUUGAUGACAUGCAAAGUGAAACAAAACGAUUUAAUAACUGAAGCCAUACAGAUGCAGUACCGAUCGGUAGCCCUCAACUCUUCAUUGGGAUUAUUAUCUCGUAUAUUGGAAACUGAACCGUAUGCGCUUGUUGUCCAAGAUGAAGCAUGUUUGCGCCCUAAUGCAGUUAUCAAAAAGGAAAGUGUAAAGGGUAUCAUUACUACAGUUGAUUUGCUCAAUUAUAUAACUACUAUGGCGAGUGAAAAAAGCAAUCAAGUAAAUGGGUCCAUAUAACAAACAUUCGCUAGGGAACAAGAAAUGUGCAUUCAAUUUUUAUCAAUAAUAAAGAUUAUACACUGCUUA